GUGGACGGGAAAAGCUUGAGGAGAAACGUGGAUUAUGUGUUUAGAAACCGAGGAAAAGUGGCGUUCAUUUUGGGCUGCAGACUGGAAUAUGUUGCCUUCGAAGUCCACUGGAGUUCCCGUAAACCAGGAACGCUCAGUGUGUGAUCAUCAUCCUACAAGAAUGCGAGGAGUCUACACGUGGCUUUUCAGGGAUGUUAUGCUAUUUCUAUUUUGUUUGGAGGCUGUGAGGUGUCAGCACGUCGCAGACCACAGAAAGGUCCCUCAGAGGACGCUGCCCGUGAUAGACUCUGAAGCAGACCAUGGAGGCAUCCAAGGAUCCUGGGCUCCCUGGGGACCCUGGUCGGCCUGCUCCCUGACAUGUGGAGGUGGCGUGCAGAAGCAGAGUAGAUCGUGUCUGAAGGUCUACCCUGUUUAUCCGGGUCAGGUCAUCUCAGCUUUGAGGCCUUCAGUUUCCAUCUAUCGGGAUGGCGGCCGUCAAGAGGGCAGGGGGAGCCCGUCUGGUGGACGCAGGAGGAUCAGCGCCAUCAUCCCGGGUCGGUACGGCUUUGGAAGAACUACAUCUCGGGCUUCCGGAAGUGUCCGACAGUCUCAGCCUGACAGACAGAGACGUUCCGCCGUCUCCCACCACGACGGACUCGGGUCGCACCACACCGGACCUCACACGGAGACCCUCUGGGCGCCGUUGUACCAGCAGCAGGGGCAGACGGGGCUUCCUCCGAGCGGGCAGGAUUCCCGAGCUCAGCAGCCGCAACGACAUCUGGAGCGACCCUAUCAACCUCUCCCGGCUUCUUCUUGUGUGGGAGAGGGCGAUCGCCAUAGAAUCUGCGACCAUAAGGCUUGCCCCACAUUCAGCAAACCCAUCAGAGCUGCUCAGUGUUCCACACACAACAAGAAGCCUUUCACGGGCAAUCUGUACGAGUGGGAGCCUUUCAAUGAAGUUACAGGGGAUCAGCACUGCGAGCUCAACUGUCGAGCCGCCGGCUUUCGGUUCUACGUGCGACUCUCCGACAAAGUGAUCGAUGGCACGCCAUGCGGACCCAACAAUUCUUCGGUGUGUGUAUCGGGAAAGUGCAUGAUCCCAGGCUGCGAUGGCUUCCUGGGCUCCGGAAAGGUGAUGGACAAGUGCGGAGUGUGCGGCGGCGACAACGGCACCUGCCGUCUCGUAUCGGGACUCUUCCGCCACUCUCUGACCAAAAUCGGCUACCACAAGAUCGCCGAGAUCCCGCCAGGAGCUACCAAGAUCAACGUCACAGAGAUGACUAAAAGCCGCAACUACUUAGCACUGAGAAGCCGCUCGGGUCGGUCCAUCAUUAACGGGAAUUGGGCUAUUGAUCGGCCGGGCAAGUAUGAGGGCGGGGGCACGAUGUUCACGUACCGCCGACCCAAUGAAAUCAGCAGCACUGCUGGGGAGUCGCUUCUUGCCGAGGGGCCCACCAAUGAGAUCCUGGAAAUUUAUUUGAUCUUCCAGCAGCCCAACCCUGGGAUUCACUAUGAAUAUGUGGUCGCCUUGGAGACGCCACAAGGGAACGCCGUGAACGAGCAGCAGCAAGUGGGGCACGACGAUUCCCAACGGGGAAAUUAUGACCCAGCCGGUGGGGGGAGUUACCCGCCUCAUCGUCAUGACAACCAGGCGCCACCGCGCCAACGGGAAUACAGCUGGAAGAUGUCCGGCACCAGCGAGUGCAGCGCCUCCUGCGGUAAAGGUUUCAGGCAUCCCAUCUUUCACUGCGUCCAGCGUCUGAACCAGGCCCAGGUCCAGGACGUUUUGUGUGAGGGCAGCAGUAAACCAGUGGAGCAGGAGGAAGUGUGCAACCUACAGCCCUGCCCUGCAUUUUGGGACAUCGGCGAGUGGUCCGAAUGCAGCAGGACGUGCGGUCUGGGCACGCAGCAGCGUCAGGUCCUGUGUCGCCAGACCUAUGCCGACCGCACCCACAACGUGCACGCCAGCCGCUGCGACCACCUGCGACGGCCCGAGACCUCCGGCACCUGCCAGACCAAAAUCUGCAGCGAGUGGCGCGUCCUCUCCGAGUGGAGCGCCUGCUCUGUGCCGUGCGGGCUGGGUCAGAGGCGGCGGGACGUGCGCUGCGUCAGCAACGUGGGCGACUUUGUGCCCGACGACGAGUGUAACCCGAACCUGAGGCCAGUCCACGUGGAGAAUUGUGACAUGGGCGCCUGUGCCAAAAGUUGGUUCUACACAGACUGGGGCGCCAAGUGUUCCGCUGAGUGCGGGAUGGGCGUUCGUGCGCGAGGUGUCUUGUGCUUGAGCAAUCACAUCAGCAGCCUCCCACUGGAGGGCUGCGGCAGCGAACGACCUCCAGACUCGCAAGUGUGCAACACGGGCCCUUGCGAAAACGCCAUGGAGUGGUUCACCGGCCCGUGGACUCAGUGUUCUGCAGAGUGCGGCGUGGGCAAGCAGCAGCGAGCUGUGGUGUGUCUGACGAGGUCAUCAGACGCGAUUGCCGUGGCACCCCAGUACGAGUGCUCGUCGCUGGAAAGGCCGCUCAGCCAACAGAGCUGCAACGUGAAAGCUUGUGGAGUAAAGUGGUACUACACCGACUGGAGCGCUUGCUCCAAAACAUGUGAGGGAGGAUUCCGUGUGCGUGAGGUUCGUUGUCUCUCUGAAGACAUGCAGUCCAGUACCAGUUGCGAGGACCGGCUCAAACCGGCCGAACGGGAAGACUGCAACCCUGAACCUUGCGUACCUCAAAUAGAUGAGCACUGCAAAGACGAGUACUUCAACUGCAACGUUGUGGUCCAGGCUCGCUUGUGCGUGUAUGACUACUAUAAGAGGAGCUGUUGCGCAUCUUGCUCUCGCCACCCCCACAGACACUACGUGGCCCACAGGGGGCGCAGCUGACCCUCAUUGGAACAGAAAGUAUAAACAUUUGCACGCGGGAAAGGAUGGAAAGCCACCUUCAUUUAGGGUCUGUCUCCAUGGAAACAAUUCGGACACUUGCUUGUAGUUGGGGCAACCCAGAAGUAGCCAUUAAAGUUUGUCUUUGGAGGACGCACCCUACAAAUUCGGACGCCACCAAUAAUUGGCUGGAGCUAUACUGAAGACUCAUUCAAGAACACUGGGAAUUUGGAUGCAUGCUAUGUUAAACCUUUCCGUCUACCAAGCACACGCAUACAAUUUGUGAUACAUUCAAGGACCUACAGACUCUGUAAGAAACUUUGGCCCUUCAAAAAUAUCAUUGAUUGACAGACUAGCUAGCAAGCACAUUAACUAUUUCCCUUUUUUUAUCAUUAAAAAAUAUUUAUUCAGUAUUUGACUAUAUCUGUAUUGACAUUGCUUUCUUCUUAAAAUAAACAGUUUUGUACCAUUCUCUUCUGUA